UAGUGUGUCUUUUAGUAUAUAGUUAUUGAUAGUUUUCGUUUAUCAUUGUUAGUAACCUGAACUCCUCUCUUAAAUUAAGCCUUGGAAUCUUAAGACUAAAAAAAAACAGUCCCGUCCCCAUCUCACUUGCUAGUAGAAUACUUGGUAGAAGCAUAGUAUCUGUAAUUUGCUACUCCGUACAAAUUCUACUGUAAUUCCAAAACUAAUCCCCUUAUCCAUCCUUAAUCCAUUGCUAAUUUCCUCCCAAAAAAAAUGGAUGUAGUAACUUUUGGAAUAAUAAUCGGAAUCAUAAUUCUAUUUUUCGCGAUUGUUUGCAUCAUCACCAUUGAAGGCACCUGCAAGCGCCGAUCCACCUAACACCCACUCAAUCCCUCUUCUCUCCAUCUCUACUCUAAUGUGGUGGACUCAAUUCAGUAGUCGUGAAAUUACGAUAAAUGCAUUAAUCGGUGGUGGUUUGACGGCAGUUUACGGUGGUUUUCCGGUCGCCGCUGUUGAGCGCCGCCGUGUCGGUGGUGCUGAGGAGGAAUUGAAAUUGGAGAGGUAUGGAAUGAAGCUGGAUCCGUCAUCAGCGUCGUUUACGCCGAAUUUGGAUGAAGGAUGUCUUGUUUUAGGGGAGCUUGAUUGUACCGAGAUCUCUAAGCUGUGCUUUCGCGAUGCUGUUGCUUAUCUUAGAUAUAAGAGUCAGCUUGAGUGUUUCUAUAAAUUCUUGGAUCCAAUUUGGGAUUCACCGACUCAUGGAAUCUCUGAAGCUGCCUCAUCUUUUGGUGACAAGUUGAAAAAUAAGCUGAUGAAUGAGUCAACUCAUUGGUCAGCCUGCCUUCAACAUGCAGUUUCCCCUGGACAAAAAGAGAUGGGGGAUAUAAUGGACCAUCUUUUGUCCCCAGCUUCUAAGGUUCCGAAUAACUGGUUUGAGGUAUAUAGAAGGGGGAAUGGGUUCUGUCUCCUUAGCCCAUCACGCCUAUCAUCCAUGCUGCAAAGGAAGCUGGAGCUCACAUAGUGACUAGUGCUGAAGGAUAAUUCGAAACCCACGGAAGAGUGUAAGAUACUAAUGCUUAUGGAUGAUGUAAAACAACACAUUUAAACCUUCGAAUUGGUCCAGUAUCAACAUAUAUAUAGGAAGCCACUUGAGCUGCAUACUACAUAGCUUUUCUAGGUCACUUGACAGAUUACAACAAAGAUAUAGAUCCAUGUAUCAACGUAUAUUUUCUUGUAUUUUAUUCUUGUAGAUAGGUCACUGUAUUAGAUGAAAAUGUGCUUAGCUUUCGUCAGGGUCCAAUUUAGUAGGUGAGGCACCUUAAGAGUGGUGGGAGGGUAAGAGAAUCCCCACCUCCAAAGUAGCCCUCGUAGAAAUUGAUCUCACAAGUCACAACCUCGAAGUUGUAAAAUACAAAUCUAACCCCUAGGCCAAGUACUACGUGGUAAGCAUAUGUAAUACUUGUUAUCUUUGAAAUGAGCAGAUAUUAUGCAAAUUCAAUUGCUAAGACCCUUA